UAAUAAAACUCUUUUUGUAACACACUAGGGUUUUUGUCUUCCAAGCAGCCAAACCAACCCAGCCCUUAUCCUUCCCAAAACCAUCUUCUUCAAAGAGAAUGGCUACAUCUCAACUAACAGCACCGUCAGUGACGGCAUCAGCAAGGAACUUGGCUUCAUUUGAAGGGCUUGGGCAUUCCACUGUGAAAUUCGCUUCCUUUGGAACAUUAAAGCCUGGGACUUUGACCCACAGGUCCUUUAAAGGAUUGGUUGUUAAAGGGGCUACCGUUGUUGCUCCUAAAUACACUUCGAUUAAGCCAUUGGGUGAUAGAGUGUUGGUGAGGAUCAAAGAAGCGGAGGAGAAGACCGAGGGCGGCAUUUUGCUUCCGACGACUGCUCAAUCGAAGCCUCAAGGAGGUGAGGUAGUUGCUGUUGGUGAAGGGAAGACUGUUGGGAAGACAAAAGUGGAAUGUUCUGUGCAGUCUGGAGCUCAGGUCAUAUAUUCCAAGUAUGCCGGGACGGAGAUCGAGUUCAAUGGUGCAAAUCAUCUUCUCCUAAAGGAGGAGGACAUUGUUGGGAUUCUUGAAACGGAUGACAUCAAAGAUCUCAAGCCUUUGAACGAAAGAGUUCUAAUCAAGGUUUCAGAAGCCGAGGAGAAAACCGCUGGAGGUUUGUUGCUGACGCAGGCAACCAAGGAAAAACCAUCCAUUGGCACGGUGAUAGCGGUCGGACCUGGAACUUUAGAUGAUGAAGGUAACAUGAAACUGCCAUCGGUCGCAGCCGGAAAUACGGUCCUGUAUUCGAAGUAUGCCGGGAAUGAUUUUAAGGGCAACGACGGUAGUGAUUAUAUUGCUCUGAGAGCAUCUGAAAUAAUGGCUGUACUGUCUUAGAUGUCUAGUAAGAUUGUGGUUUAGGUUUCCAAGUUAAAACUGAAUUCAGCGGAUUUUGAGCA